AUGUUACCUCGCUCUGAUAAUGUCCGUCAUAUGACGGACGAAAGCUUUGCACCUUUUCACCGGAAUCGAAGGAGACUGCCUCGGAAACAGCGUCAACAUGAAUCUUCCAGUAAAGCCAAUCGACAGCUGGUCAAGAGGAAUCCGUUGUCGCCUUUUGGUGGAACUGACCUUAGAAUUUCUUCACCCAACACUUUCACUCGAAAUGGAAGUAGGCUCAACAAUUAUGAAACAAGAGAUUCCUCGAAAUCCAACAUUUCCUCGCAUUUAUCACAGUCUCUCUCGUGCCCCGUAAGAUCCUUCUGCUCUCUCCCUGGUUCAAGUUUUUCACUCGACCCCUGCCACCCUAGCUGUACCACUCGAGGCGUUAUUCGCCCUCCUCUGCGUCUGGAUGACAAAUUCGAGGCUAAAGCAUCUGCGUAA